AUGGCUGUGCAAGACCCUCAGUGUUGCGGAUUGAACGGCCGGAGCUUAAAAGGCAACCGAGGGCUAAGACCGCUUGGUGGAAAAGCCAUGUUAGAUGUCCAUCAAACUUUCCAAAAUCAGGCAGGACAUAGCGACUCGCGAGGCCAAGCAUCUGCGAGAGGCCUACAGUAUGAGGAUGAGUUCAUGUCUGCGCACAGGGACGGAUUGGCAGGUCAGACAGACGCGACACAUUUCUCUGCCCCUGUCGUGGCUUUCACCAAGGAAUCCUGUGUGCGUGUGCGCCGCGAUGGAAGGCCUUGUUAUGUGGUAAUUAUGCACUCCACUCAUAAAUUGACGCCAGAAGUGCACAUCACACACCAGCGUCGGCUAGAGGCUGGCGAGAGUUGGUUCCUGUUGAUCUUGCACAUCAUGAGCAAUCUAAAUCCGGUUUGGCUCCUCCCACCCACCCAGAUUUGCGGACCUUUGAGUAACAGCGGUCUUUGGACUCCUGUCAAGAUAACAGCGCCCGAGGUAGACCAGCUUGCCAGAUAG